AUGAUCCGUCCCUUGAUCUUCUCGGUAGCGGUGGUUUUUGGCGUGUUUUUCGUCUUCUACGGCCAGGCGGUGGCUCAGGUUCGUGUGGUGGCUCUGUCGGUGCUUCCCAGGCUUGAACCUGCUGGUUUGGUGGAGAAGAGAGCUGAUGGUGAUGGUUCGGCUUCUGCCAGUGGUGGGUUUGGACAAUCUACGAGCCUGAGUUCGCUGACACUGUCUGGGUUUCCAACAACAAGCAGUUCGUCUUCGCUGAGUUCGCUGAGUUCAAGCAGUUCGCUGACGAGUUCUACGUCUCUGACGACGUCUUCGCUGUCACUGAGUUCUUCUAGUACUCCUACUACGACUUCUUCUACGUCUUCUACGGAACAGCAGACUACUUCUGAUACAACUCCUACGGAUACUCUGCUGUCGGUGCCAUGGUGGGAAACCACGUCCUCGACGUUCCCUGAGAGCACUACAGACAACGGCGGGGGCCAGAGCCUGGAGACCCCAGAUACUACUUCUUCUUCGGUGGACCCAGGCACUACGGAUGAACCUACGUCUUCGUCAAGAACCAAUGGCAAUGGCAAUGACGACGACGACGAUAAUAAUAGUAAUGGUAACGGUAAUAGUCCCAGCAGGAGCACCGACGGUGAUGAGCUCAGCGACACCAACCAGCGCAGAACCAGGACUUUCGACUCGGUCCAGAACGGAUCUACAGUCAUUGUCACACAAACUUCCGUUUACACUUCCAACGGCAGCUCUUCUCCUACAGGAACCAACCGUGAGAGCGACAGUUCUGGCGGCGGCCUCAGUCAGACGAAUAAAAUCGUUGUUGGCGUGGUUGUCGGUGUAGGAGGAGCCAUUCUCCUUGCAAUUGCCGCAUUGGUGUUCUUAAUUAAGAGAAGAGGCAGCAGAGGCCGUGAGAGCGGAUGGACUUUCUGGAGAAAGGGAGAGAAGGGCGACGGCGACGACUUCUUCGAUGGAGAAUUGGGCGUUCGCGACCGUAACAUCAACCAAGGGCUGAACUUCUAG